UAGCGUCGUCAAAAUUAGCGGAGAAACAAGAGUACGCAAAAUGUCCUUCAGUUCGGACUCGCCGGAUGCGAAAAAGCCCUGCAAGGGUAUUCUCAAAUCUUCGAGCAGCUUCGACAAACAUUCGGCAGCAUCCUCGGUACACAGGAAAAGUGCAAAAUUUGAUGAGCUAAACGUACUACAGACGUACCACCCGCCGGACAAAGACUAUGGACAUAUGAAGGUGGAUGAACCGAAAACACCCUUCAACUACGUAGAAGCAGCCGACGUCGAUCAACUGGACGCGGAAGUGCUCGCGGAAAGAUUACGCGUCGCAGCAGACGCUCGAAGUGAUGCCGUAUCCGAGGAAGAGCUAGACGAUGACGACGACGAGGAGGAGGAGGAAGAGCUAACGGAGGAGCAGAAGAAGCGCAAGCUAGAAUUCGAACGACGCCGCAAAGCACACUAUAACGAGUUCGAGGCCGUCAAGCUGGCCCGCAAACUAAUCGAAGAGGAUGACGAGGAGGACGAAGAGGAUGGGGCGACCGGCGAUGACAAUGGUGCAGCGAACAAAGUGGACGAUGAAGCACCAAGCACGAACGUCACGCCCGCUAACGCUGCUACCACCACCGGUACGAGUGUACCACUGCCGGCUGCCAGUAAGGAGGAAACGCGAAUGGAAAUUGAGGAGGAGGAGGACACCGAUCGGAGCGCUAGUGUGCGCACGAACAAGGUUGUUGGUACGGCCGAUAGUCCGGCGGCACGAUUAAAACCAGGUAUGGAGGAAAUUGUUUAG